AUUUAAACAGUUUGUACUCGUAAAACUAUAAGUCGCAAAACUCAAUUGUUUCUUAAAAUACUGGAAAGCGAAAUUUAAUUAUGAAACGAAAAUUUGAUUUCUAUCUCUACUUUUCUGCUAUAAGUGUAAACCUAUUGUUCAUUACCUCAGGAUGUAUGCUAGUCUGGACUUCACCAGUGCUUCCCAAACUACAAUCCAACGAUACCUCAAUCAACCCUCUGGAGGAACCGAUAAGUUGGCUUGAAGUUUCAAUAAUGACAUCGAUUCAUCCUUUAGGAUCUGCACUUGGAACAGUACUAAUGGGAAAAAUUCCAGAUUUGUUAGGACGUAAACGGUCGAUACAAUACUUGUGUUUAAUUUUAAUUGCAGCUUUUUUUGGUCUCUUCUUUGCAAAUGAAGUAUACUUAUUUUAUAUUUUCUUAACAAUAAUAUCAACUGUAUUAUCGGGUGGAGCUGUAGUAGUGCCAGUAUAUACAGCAGAAAUUGCCGAAGAUCAUAAUAGAGGAACUCUAGGAUACUUUCUGUCCGUGGCGUCAGUGUUAGGACAACUUUAUGCGUAUACGAUAGGGUCAGUUACAAGUGUAAACCUAUUUUUCUCGCUGUGUGGUGCACCCAUAAUACUUCUUUUGAUAGCUUCAUAUUUUAUACCUGAAUCACCAGUAUACUUACUGCUGAAAGGUAAAAAAGAUGAAGCAAUUAAAGAGUUAAAGAGAUUAGGGAAGUUUAUAGAUGUUGGCAACUUAGAAUCAGAUAUUUCUGAGAAACACGAAAUGAUCAAACAAAGCAAUGAUAGGCCAGCUGUUGAAAUUAAAACUAUUAUUAAGAGAAAAUCUGUAAAAAAAGCAAUAUUGCUCUCCAUUGCUAUAGUAGGUAUUCAAAAUUUAGCGGGAGUACAUGUAGUAUUGUCAUUUUUAGGAGUCUUACUAAAUGACGUUAGUAGCAGCGUAUCUGGUAAUACUUUAGCGAUAAUAGUAAUAUCAUUCAAAUUUUGUGCAAAUUUGGUAGGCUUAAACAUUAUAGAUAAAAUAGGAAGGAGAAUAUUGCUGCUUUUAGCUAUUAUUUUUUGUGGAAUUUCGAUGUUUCUGUUAGGCGUUUUCUUCUACUUCAAAGAAAACGACUACAUAUUAUCCCAACCUAUCAAACUAUUACCCGUAAUAUUUAUUAUUAUUUUUUUAGUCAUGUAUACGAUAGGUCUUACUUCUUUACCUUUUAUAUUAAGAACGGAAUUACUUCCCGACGAGAUACGAUCUGUUGGAUCUAGUAUUGCCCAACUGAUUGGUAGCUUAUUAAUGCUUGCAUCAGCAUUUGCCUAUCCAAUUGUAGCCAAAUAUCUAGGUGUACACUAUUGUAUGUUUACAUUCAGCUUUUUCUGCUUUAGCAGUUUUAUAUUACUAUAUUUACACUUACCAGAAACGAGAGGGAAAAGUUUCCUAGAAAUAGAAACCAUUCUUAGUAGAUGAAAACUUUAUGUUAUAAAUAUGGGAUCUAGUCUAUCAUUUUGUUGGAAAUUGAGGUUCUGUGCCAAAGUUUGUACCUGUUGACUUGUUGUUAAAUCAUAUCAUCAUGUUCUCAUAUUGAGACAUUCGAUUCGACUCAAAUACGAGGAGUUCAAUUAAUACUGAAUGGUCGUUAUCUUGUGCAAUUCAGGCAAUAUCUGUUAUUUUGUUCUUCUAUUCUGUUUGCUUUUUACAGCAUUUUUAGUACAUUUUUUCACGGAUUUUGCUGUAAAUUAUAAAGUACUGCUUGAAUUGACAUGAAAUUUGGCAUACGCAUAGCUAACAUGUCAAAGAAAAGAGUGAUAUGGUGACGUUGUGUGAUUUUGCCCUAGGAGUGAGUUUCACCCCAUCUCGGGGGUGAAAAAAUAUAUGUCCAAGAUAAGUCCCGAAAUGGAUAAACUGACUAAUUUUAAGCAACUUUUGUUCUAUAGAGUUUUUUCACCAAAUCAAUUAAUACUUUUCGAGUUAUUUUCAACUAAAUAUGUUCAUUUUUCAACAAAAUAACCACGUUUUUAGACGGUUUUUCGCAAAUAACUCAAAACGUAGGCAUUUAAAAAAAAGUAUUCUUACCAAAACUAUAGCCUAUAAAAACGUGAAAAAAACUGUGUAUACAUUAGGUCUCUGUACUUAGCAAAAGCAGAGUUAUAGCUAAUGAAAAAUAGGUUUAUUUUCGAAAAAUUCCAAAUAGAAUAAUUCAAUGUAAAAUAUCCAAAUAAUGAAGCAUUCUUGGGGAAAACAUAUUACAACUUUUUUAAAGUGUUUAAAAAAAGCUUUAUUUCUGUUUUUAUAAAAAAAAUUUCUAGCAUCAAAUGUAACCAUGUUACGCUCAAAAUAAAGUUAGUCCCUUUUAUUUUGGCAAAAAAAAUCAGGAAGAUCACCCUCCAAUUAGCAACUUAAAUGAAAUUAAUCGUUACCACUUCACAGGUUACUUUACUUAUGUUGUGUUUAUAUGAUCUGUAAGUUUCAUCGAUUCAAAGUGUUUAUUUUUGAAAAAAUUUAGUUUUAAAAUAGAAUUUUUAAAAAAUUUAAUUUUGAAAAAUUUAGACUUUAGUUUUUUUUUCAAAAAAACUUAAAAAUUGUUAGAGAUACCAAAAAUCUUAUACAUACAAUAAAAAAAUUCGGUUUUACUUUUCUGAAUAUUUUGUAUUUUUUGUUUUUCUGUAAGAUAAAAAUUGGUUAAGAUUCGGUGUUUCCAAAUUUGCAUACACUCGUGAUAAGUGACUCGUUCAAGCGCUUUUAACUACAGCUCUUUCAAAAAUAAGGACUUUGAACCGAUGAAACUUACAGAUCAUAAUAUGAUCAAUACGUACGCGAGAAAAAACUUGUGAAGUGGUAACAAUUAAGUUCAUUUGAAAUGUUAAUUAGGGGGUGAUUUUCCCGAUUUCUUACCAAAAAAAAGGGACCAACUUUAUUUUGAGCGUAACCUGUUUAAUUUUGAUGCUAAAUUUUUUUUUAACAAAAAUAAGCAUUUUUUACACAAUUUUAAAAAGUUAAAAUGAGCUUUGACCAAAAAAGUGCUUCGUUUUUGGUUAUGGCACGUUAAAAUAUUCGAUUUGGAAUUUGACGAAUAUGAACCCAUUUUUCAUUAGCUAUAACUCUGCUUCUACUAGGUAUAGUGACCUAAUAUGUACACCAUGGUUUUCACUGUUUUACGUGCUAUAUUUUUGAUAAGAAUUUUUUAAACCAAAUACUUACCUUUUGAGUUAUUUGCCAAAAACCGUCUGAAAACGUGGUUGUUUUGUAAAAAAAUUAACAUAUUCACUCGCAAAUAACUCGAUAGGUAUUAACUUGAAAGGUAUAGAACAAAAGUUGCUUAGAAUUAGUAAUUUUAUCCAUUUCCGGACUUAUUUAAAACAUAUAUUUUUCACCUUCAAAAGGGGGUGAAACUCACUCCUAGGGCAAAAGCACACAUCGGCACAAUAUCACUUUUUUUCUUUGACUUUCUAGCUAUGUGUAUGCCAAAUUUUACCUUUAAAUAACGUACUAUUUCUGAUUCCUGUAAUUAUUUUCACGUUUUGUGUUUGUGCCUGUAUGUGAAAUCAUGGCAUAAGACAAAACUAUUUGAAACAAACAUAUUUCAUAUUUUAUUUUAUCUUAUUUAUAUUUUUGUACCUACAUAGUUUCAGAUAUUUGCUGAAUUAUUUUAUUGUCAAAAUUUACAGAUUUUCUAUAUAAUAAUAUUGUUGUCCACUUUCGUAGAACUUACAUAUACAGGGUGUCGGAAAAGUAGCGGAACGGUCGAAUAUUCCGCGAAAUAAACAUCGGAUCGAAAAACUGGAAAUACGUUCUCAAUCAUUUUCAAAAACCUAUCGAAUGAUACCAAACACAGAUCCCCACUCCACACCCUGGAUAUUGGCUGGGUGUAACUUUAAUAUUUUAAAUGGAAACACCCAGUUUUUAUUUCAGAUGUGGAUUCCUUAAGUAAAAGUACCUAAGCAACCUUUAUUCGAGACAUUUUUUGGAAUUGUGGAUAGAUGUUGCCAUAAUCGAAAAAAUUGAUUUAUUGUGAUAGCAUAGGUAAUAAAUUAUAGACACGGUGUAAUAUCUCGAGAUAUACACUUCCAAAUAAAAAACCAAAAAACACGUAAGUAUUUAAUAUUUUCCAAAAACCUAUUAAAAACAUCAAACAUUACCCUCCACCCCACCCCUUGGAGGUGGGGUGGGGACUAACUUUAAAAUAUUAAACAGGAACCCCCAUUUUUUAUUGCAGAUUUGCAUUUCUCAUAAAAAAAUAGGUAUCAUUUAUUCGAAACAUUUUUUAGAAUUGUUGAUAGAUGGCUCUGUAAUCGGAAAAAUAGAAUAUAUUAGCCCCAUCUAUCAACAAUUCUAAAAAAUGUUUCGAAUAAAAAAUGUUACUUAUUCUUUUGUGAGGAAUCUAAAACUGUAAUAAAAAUUAGGGUUCUUAUUUAAGAUUAUAGAGCUACCCCUACCCCACAUCUAGUGUCAUAAAAAAUAUUAAAACAUUUUUUUUUUGGUUUUUAUAAAUCGUUUUUUCCGAUUAUAGCCCCAUCUAUCCACAAUUCGAAAAAAUAUCUUGAAAAAAAGUUGCUUAAUUUUACGUAAGAAAUCGAAAUCUGUAAUAAAAACUGGUGGGUUUCUAUUUAAGAUUUUUCUGGGGUGAAUUGGGGGGUCAUGUUUGGUGUCAUUCGAUAGAUUUUUUUAAAUUAUUGAACACGUAUUUUUCAGUUCUUCGAUCUGAUGUUCAUUUCGCGAAAUAUUCGACCGUUCCGCUAGUUUUGGGAGUUUCAAAUAGUCUGUUUUGUAAAAUAAAAAAAAAUAAAUUCAUUAGAGGAGAUUUAUUAUGAAUUAUCCUUUUUCUUUAUUACGAAGUGCUUUAAACAACGUACGCAUCUGAUAAUUAUAUUAUUUAGCUAAAUAGUUUUAUUGAUAGCUUAAUUGCGACUACAUAAUAUUAGUUGCGUUAGCGGGUACCUGAAAUUGUCAGAAAAUGGGAUAAAUUAUCAGAAAACGCAUGCGCACUUUAAAAUAUUAUAAAUAAAAUCGUUUAUAAAUAAAUAUACAAGACAUAUUUACUUAGUAUAAUUUACUAAUUAGUUAUUAAUAUUAAUUAAAAGUAAAGAUACCUUCCUAUAUUUAUCCAUUAACGGUAUUAUUUAUAUUAGGUGAGGUUAGGAAUUGUCGGCGACAAAUUGUGUAGGGUACCCGCGAACGCUACUGAUAUUAUCUUUAAGCCGACCACUCACGAAAUUCCGGUAGUACAGAGAAAUAAGGUUUUUGUCGGAACAAUUGAGCAGCCAGGUUGCAAAUGGAUUUUUGGGUACUAUAUACCUAAUUCAUUAUAAAGACAAAAAGGCUCGUCACAGUUUGGACGAGAAUUUUAGUUAUUAACAAAUAAAGGUCAAAAAUGGCAGGUUUUUCGUUUAAAUCGCUACAGGUAAAAAUUGGGUAAUUAAAUAUCAUAAUUAUAAUAUCCUUCUUUUAUUAGAUCCACCAAGGAUUAAAAUGGCAGUUUUUGAAUUUUGGUUUUUUUGGCAAUUGCAAAAUAAAACUAAAAUUUCGAAAAUAAAAAAUUUGCUAUAACUUUUCUGAAAAUGAGCUUAAGACUUUCAUAUUGCAUAAAAGGUUGAGUCAAAUAGUCCAUAUAAUGCACAAAUAAUUUUAAGACGGUUUGACAAUUAGUUUAAAUUUUAUUCAAU